UGAAUACGUCUAGGAAUUGGAAGAUACCAUUGGCUUGAUUUCUCAAAGAGAUGCAGGAAUCCAGCUAAUGUUGUAACUCUGUCAAGAAAACCUGAAGAAGCACAGGCAAGAAUUUUGGGUCAUGCCCAGAAGCUAGAAUGCACCAAAAUCCUUGAUUUUAAACCCCCCAAAGAUAAGCUUUUUGUUAUUAUGGAACAAUCAUUAUUACAAUUAGUGCUCUUAAGUUUCGUCUUUUUCUUUACAGUUUUUGCGUAUUUUGUUGAAUCACAAUCGUCUAACACAAGUCCGCCUCCUCCUCCGCCGCCUCCGCCUCCGCCUCCACCUCCACCUCCUCCUCCCCCACCACCGCCGCCACCUUCGCCCCCACCCCCACCCGUCUCUCCUCCUCCUCCAUUUUCGCAGCCACCAUCACCUUCACCACCACCUCAUCUAGCGCCUUCUCAGCCACCGCCGCCAGCAGAGCACCACCAGAAUCGAACCAAUCAUCAUAGUUGGGGGCAGCCACCACAAUUGUCACGUAAUCACAAGCUCAAUACGGGGCAAAAAAUUGGGCUUUUGUUCAUCAGCAUUGCUAUCAUCCUGCAGUUUGGUGUUGUUGGGUUCUUAAUUUUGAAGAGAAGGCAGCUGUUGAAAGUCAAUGGCGCAGGAACAUACGAAACUUCCUCUUCUUCUUCAUGAAAUUGGAAUUUCCCCCAAGUUUUUGGGUUACAGUUGCAAUUCGAUUCAUUUUUAGGGACUUCUUUUGUUGGAUUGAGAAAAAGAAAAUUAUCUGAUGAACUGAGAAAGGGAUUACGAAUACUGCAGAUUUGUGUCCUUGCUGAGAUCUUCUGUAAAUGGGUAGAUCUUUCACUUACUUUUUUUUCUUUUUAAUUUUUUUUUUGCU